AGGAAGUUUGGUACUGUUUCACGGGUGACUGUCGGAGUCAAGCGUACUUGGGGUCAGAGAACACCAGGGAAGAUGAACAACAGUUCAUUCUGUGAUGCUGGGUUUCAAACCGGACUCCUCCCCCCAAUGUAUAGCAUUGAGAUGUGUGUGGCUCUUGUGGGGAAUAUAUUUGCCCUGUGGCUCCUGAUGACCAGAGAGAGGCAGAACUGGCACACCGGAGUAGUGUUCUCCUGUAACCUGGCCAUCUGUGACAUUCUUUACGUCCUGACCUUGCCUUUGCUCAUCAAUUACUAUGCCAAAAAUAAGGAUUGGACCUUUGGAGAUGCUGCAUGCAAAAUCGAACGCUUCCUCUUCAGCUGCAACCUCUACGGCAGCAUUUUCUUCAUCAUGUGCAUCAGCGUCAACAGAUACCUUGCCAUAGUUUUCCCGUUCUUCACACGGAGCUACGUGCGCCCUAAACAUGCAAAGAUCGCAAGCGUGCUGACGUGGUUCAUCGUGACGAUCACUUCAUUGCCAGUCCUCAAAUUUGCUGGAACCGAAGUUGAACAAAAAAACACUCUUUGUGUCUCAUGUCAUGAUAAAACCCUGAAAAUCCCCCAUUUUAAGUACACCCUAUUUCUUACCGUUGUUGGAUGCAUGAUUCCAUUGUUAAUUACCUUUGCAUCGUAUUUGGGUGUGAUUUGGACCGUUCUGAAAAAUAAAAACAUAACCACAUUAGAGAAGAGGAAGGUAGCACUGAUGGUCGCUCUGGUCUGCAUCCUUUACGCCACGUCAUUUGUUCCCUAUCAUGUUCUGCAGACGUACAAAACGUAUCUGAAGUUUAUGAAUUGCUGGGUGUAUGAUUUAUAUCAAGUGUCAAAAGGCCUGGCCACCCUCAACAUGUGCUUGCAUCCGCUUCUAUACAUGGCUGUGUUUGACAGCAUACGGACAGCUUGCUGUGGAAAGAGCUCAGAUGACUAAUCUUCAUACAGUAUCUUGACCAAAACCUCAUGCUGUGGCUUCCUGAAUGUAAAUUAAGCAUAGCAUUUCUGUUGAUGCUUGCACUCUGUUCCUGUGCGUCUGCAAACCACAAACCAAAUGUAAAAUUAUUUUAUUUGUGUCAUUUUUGUUGUCAACAGCAAAGAAGAACAUAUCUGACAGUAAAAACUGACCAUUAAAAUGUGAGUAAUGUAUUUGAAGUUGCAAA